AAUACAAUCAAACAAGGUGUGUCGCACGCGAACACCUCAGAUUUGACCCACUUCUCACUUUCCAAAUGUUGGCCUAAACUCCCUUUUUUUAGAUGGUACUCAGAACUACGACAUAAAAUCAAUUUCUUUAGGGUUUUGAAAGACUGACAAGCUCUUUAAUAAUCCGAAUAACAAUUCUUUGAAUGUUCAUUCCCUCAUUACUGAAUUUUUUACAUGUACCUAUUAGUGUGAAGACUAACUAGCAUUGUUCAUUUUUGUUUUUUGCUUAAAUAAUCAUUAUUGAGAAGAUAUGAGCUUAAUUAACACUAAAUAUAAUUAUUGAUUUAAUUUAUUACCAACUCAUUGAUUCUUCUGUUUCUUUGAGGUGAAAAUUCUAAAUCUUUGGAAACAAACACAGAUUUCCUCUUUUCGUUUUUAUUUAAAAUAAGGAUGGCUCGUUGGGAAGUUGCAGAAUAAAUCCUUGGACUGAUUGAGACCCAUUAUUAUAAUUUAUUUCAGUUAAAUAUUUCUGCGGUGAUUUUUUUUUUUUUUUUUUAAACAACCUGCAGCCUUGUGACAAAAAAAAACCCACCCUGAAAAUCUCUAAGAAAUUGAUCAAAGCAGUUUAUGCAGUGUUAGGAAAUUUCACAAAAGCAUUGUUGAGCUGAGCUUCAGGCCCCGCCCCUUUCUGGCUGAGUGCAGGUCUGGGUGUGUCUCCCACCCUGGUGGCGGCAGCCUGUUUUCUCCAGGUGGAGAUGAUUAAAUGAAUUGUGUGGAGGUACUCUCUAACACACGAGCUGCUGACAAUGUGUGAGAGAUGCUGGAAAAUGGACACUGCAGGACUGAGAAAGCUUGUUUCAAGGAAAGGAAGGAGCCGGUGAGCUGCAGACUGUACUUGAAUAUAUGUUUUUCACCUAUUGUGACCACCUGUGAACUUUAAAAAUAAAGGAAAGAAAGAAAAGAAAAAUUGUUUCUGGGUCAUUGAGUGAAAUCCAGUUUGAAUCUUAUUGAAGCAAGCUGCCUUUUCAAGUGGGGGAAACCUGCAGUGUAAGCCCAACAAAAGUGGGAGCCACUUGACAGUGAAAAACCGGUGAAGGAUUGAAGAAGAAACCCUGUUGGAAAUCAAAAUGGCUGACUCAAAGCUACUGGAGCAGCUUAAAACAAACAAUCUGCAAAGCGAUUAUUCUCCCGGAUGGCUAACAACAUUGUUCGAAUGCAUGCCAUGAUGUCUGAAGAGGAGCUCAGAUGCAGCUUUAAGAAACUUGUUAUGGAAGCCAAUGAAGAUGUGGAGGCUCAGUAUCUAGCAGAGACAGACUUAGAAGAUUCUGGAGAAGUUCCACAGUUGAGUGACCUGCAAAAGGCUGACAUUGAGAAAACCUCAAGUGAAUGUGAAGCUGAAGGAGCUGAAGGACCUUGUCCAGAAGACACUGUGGACAAACUAUGGUGAAGAAGAACUGACUGGUGGUGAAAGCUGCAGAAGAGAAAGUGAAGAGUGUGGUGUCUUUUGAUUCUGGUGGAAAUAAAGAGGCUUUUGACUUCAUAUUUGACUACAUGGAAAGAUUGGUGAAGAAGGCAAAGGAGCAGUACACACAGUGGAAGUGCUGGGCCCCUCCAGCUGAGCAGAAGGAUUUUCAUUUGCGUGUAAGAGAGCUUGAGCAGAUUGUUCCAAAGUUAAUGUCCAGAAAGGCAGAGUUCAUUGAAGCCAAGGCUAGAGAAGAUGCUGGAAGAGUUGCAAGCGCAUCUCCCAUCAGCUACCCAACAUCAGCCAUCAGAUUGAAGCCAACCUCCCUCCCCAAGUUAACUGGCAUCAGGCGAGAUUUUCAUCUCUGGAAAAGAGACUGGGAGGCUCUUCAGAGUCAAGGAGAACCCACCGGUUCAAAAGAAGUAAAAAAGUUCCAGCUCAUUGACAGUUUGGAUGAGAAAAGAAUAAGAGAGCUUCGACUGGUGACCUAUAAAACAGCAGAUGACAUUUUUCGUGUACUGGAGAACAGGUUGGGAUCCCAACCAGCUGUUGCAAUUGAAAUAGUUGAGGAGCUCCAGAGAUUUCCACAUGUCAAAAGUCACCAGCCAAAGAGAAUUGUUGAGCUAAUCCAAGGUAUUGAAAAGGCCCUAGAAGAUCUAAAGGACCUUGGGGACACUGACGCUUUAAAAAAUCCUCUAGUGACAAAGUCCAUUGAAAGCAAACUUCCUGAUGCAUUGAAGAAAGAGUGGCUUCUCUUUGCAGCUGAGAGGAUAAGUAAUAAACCAGAGAAGCGCUUUGACAAUCUUCUGGCCCUCCUCAAGAGUCAGGAGAGUAUUUAUGAGCAGCUCGACCAACAGAGGGAUGAGGACUCACAGAGAGAAGAAACUCGACCCGAGCAGAGGCAAGCAAGGACUAGAACCUCAAACCAGUCAAGCAGUCAUACAUCAGGGUGUGUUGUCUGUGGGGACAUCAAACACAGAAAAAAGCUAUACUUCUGUAAGAAAUUCCGUGUGCUUAAUUUUACAGAGAAGAAGGAUGCAGUGCGGAAGUUGGGAGCCUGCAGGAAAUGUCUGGAAGUCCACAACGCUGAUGAUCACUGCAAAAUGUCAUUUUUGUGUAAAAAUUCUGAGUAUGAGAAGAAAGGCAUAGACCACCAUUACUCUCUGUGUCCAAAUGCUGAAACAUCUAGAGACAGCACAAUCCAAAGGAGGAACAGUAGGAGGUGGUAACAGGACAAAUUACACUGAAGCUCAAGAAGAAUUAUUUAAAAAACUCUCGCCUGAAUUAGUCCUUCUAGCUUUUCAAGCAUUAAAAAUUAAAUGAAAGACAUUUAAGCCCUUCUAAAAUGGCUAAUUUACAAGUUCGCUCUACAAAAGUUGUGACUCAUGACUAAUUUCUUUAAAGUUUCUUCUAUAUGAAGAUCAGUGAAUUGUUUCUACAAUUGUUUCUCAAUUUGGGAUUUUGUUCCCUGCUGUACAGAUUAAAGAUCUACUUUUUCUAAA